UUGAAAAUGAAUGCGUGUUGUUUUUCUUCCUUUUGGACAUGUUGGGGCAAGUACCGCCAGAAGAAAAUUACAGUAACCAUAAAAACCUGAAAUACACGGUUAAAACUUCGAACCACACCGUUAAUCCACCUCUUAUGUUAAAGUGUAUUGCUUGAAAUUCAAAGUGGCGAGAAUGUUUAUUGUCCAUCGUCUUGUGUCAGCUGGAGGCGUUGUGCUGAUUCCUCAGUGUACCUCCCUGUUUGUGAGCAAUUUCUCUAACUGCAGCCGUUCGAGAGCAGCAAAGAAACACAGCCCGUACAGCUCAGUGGACAUCGGACGCUAUUCUAGUCUAGUCAAGUCAGUCAUGUCCUCGAGGGUGAGUUCACAAACUCCUGAGUCACUCCAAAAGGAAGAUGAGGACAUUUAUGGACCUGUUUGUCAAAGGUCAGACAUCCUCACGGGAGGAUCAGAACUAAGGGUGCCUAAAACUUUCCAUCCCUCUUAAAACUGUGCGAGGACUGUAGACACAGAAGCUUCAGAUUAUUCAGGACCUCCAACCCGUAUGUUAAAUCGUGGCAGAUCAGCCCCGAGCGUGACCCGUAUUCUUCAGCAGACUCUUUCCCCAGAGCAGAUCUUCUACCUGGAGAGAUGGAAGAGGAAGAUGAUCGCUGACCUGGGAGAGGAAGGAUUCAAGCAUACAGUCAGAGUAAACUUAUUCAGACAAGGAAAGCUUUUCCAUUCAGCUUUGGAGGAUGUUCUGUUGUCUGGUGUAACGUGGAAGGAUAAAAAUCCCACAGUGGUGUCACAGUAUCCACCUGAGGUACAGGGAUAUAUGGAGAGCAUUUCUCACAUCCUGGACGACAUCAGUGCAGUGAGGGUCAUCGAGAGCGCUGUGCAGCACGACACCCUUAACUAUUUAGGAAUUGUGGAUUGUGUUGCUCGCUACAAGGGUGUUUUGUGCGUUAUUGACUGGAAGACGUCAGAAAAAAGACAAACCGUUGCUCAGAACACAUAUGACAACCCAAUUCAGGUGGCAGCCUACGCUGGGGCUUUGAACAGCGAUAGGAACUACAAAUACCAGGUUGAAAAUGGACUCAUUGUGGUUGCCUACAAAAAUGGCUCUCCUGCCCAUGCUCAUCAGCUGAAUUCAGAGCUGAUGUUGGAGUACUGGGAGAAGUGGUUGGUUCGCUUCGAUGAGUUCAUGGAACAAAAUCCAGUCAGUCAUCACUACAGCGUCGGAGAAGACGGGUUAAGAGACAUCUGAAAGACCAUUUGACCAAUGCUGUCGUACUUCACUAAUUGUGGACUACACCAGGUUCCCAGUUGUUAGAAUGGAAAAACAAAUCUUUUUCAUGGGUUCUUACUAAUACUUUUAGUGAGCAUUGCCCCAUUUUGCACUCCAGUAGAAACUGA